GCCUUUUUGGACAUUUUCAUGACAUAAUGUGUAUUGAUACAAUCUUUCGUGUCAGUGGUGUGAAGAAAGAUGAGAGAAGGUGAACGAAUCAUGCCGAAAUCAACUGAUCAAUCUGUGUGAGGUGUUUCAUCGAAAAUCAUAAACGAGGCUGGAAUCUCAAAGCAGCACUGCAAGACACUAGAACAUUUAUACUGCAGUCCUCCAUAACCCGCCUGCAAUCAUGUCGAGGCUCACUGGAGGCCCGACCAUGCUGGCUGUGGAAAGCAGGAGAUUGAGGAGGAUCAUUGCUGAAAAUCCAAACUGGUCCUUGGCCCUUGUGCCCUUUUUAUCAACCCUAUGUCUCGAAUGUAUUGUGAGAAACUUUGAGGAAACCCCCAUCUAUGAGGAGCUUACACCCAGCCAGAGAGACUUUGUGCAGGAGAGGCUGUCGCCCUCUCUGCCCCUUCCUGUGACGGCCAACUUGGUUGAUGAUGGCGUCUACUGGCGGCGGUGCUGUGAGCAACGGUGGGACAUUUGUGACGUGUCUCACUACGGCCACAGCUGGAAGCGAAUGUUCUUCGAGAGGCACCUGGAAAAUAUGAUCGAACACUUCAUCCCAGAGACAACCCCCCUUAAGACAGUCGCCGAUGAGAUCCCGCUGUGCGAGGCGUACGUGAAGAGGCUGGACAUUUCCCAAAUGCUGCCGCCCAUCAAGGAGGCCAAGGCGGGAAUCGGGGACAACGUAGACUGGCUAAGCGAAACCGACUCGGACGCAGCUCACAUGGAACACUAUGACUUCCGCAACCUCCUGAGCAUGUUGAGAUGCUUGGAGGAGUUCCACUUGACCUACUGGGUCAAACAGUGUGGAAUGAACUUUGAAUGGAAGAUGUUUGAGAUGGCUGAACGAGACUGUGAGACUCUCUCCAUGGCUCUUGAAUGCUGCAAGACCUUAAAGGUAGUACGACUCUAUGAAAGUCACAUUGAUGAUGAAAAGUGUAAGUUGCUGGCUAAACACCUAGUGGAGCACCCCUCCCUGAGAGAGCUCAACCUUUCCCACAACGUGAUUGGAGACAGGGGGGCCAAGGCUGUCGGCAAGUUGCUCAGCAGUAGCAAACUGGAGAUCCUCAACAUGAGCGACAACAUUAUUCGAGACGUGGGAGCCAACGCCUUUGCUGACGCCUUGUCCAAUAACUGCACCCUUUUGUCCCUCAACUUAAGAAUCAACCGUGUGAGCGACGAGGGGGGGCAGGCCAUCAGCAAGGCCUUACUGGACAACAGCAUCCUGCUUCAUUUGCACCUGGGAGCCAACCUCUUGACUGGGCCCACUGCCAUCACGCUGUCAGAAGUGCUGGCUAAAAAUCAAACGCUAAAAACCAUCAACCUCUCCUGCAACAAACUGGGUGUGGAUGGAGGCAAAGCUCUGGAGGAGGCCAUAACUCAAAACAGCUGCUUGAGAGAAUGCGACAUCCGUCUGACAGAGGUGGACGAGCAGAGCGCCUCCAUCAUCAACCAGGUGGUUUGCAACAAUAAGAGUGCCUCAGUCACCAACCAGGUGGUUUGCACCAAUGAGAGCACUUCCUUCAUCAACCCGGUGGUUUGCACCAAUGAGAGCUUAGAGCAAGAGGAACAACCACUGGAUGACGAGGUACAACCACAAGACGACGAGGCACCAUCUGAAGCCCCCACUUCCACCAACAGUACCUGAUGUUUUUAGGUAGAUGUACUUUGUUUCAUUUUGUUGAAUAUUUUGAUGCACCAUUUUGGUGAUAACUAUUAACCAACUAAGUGAAUACAACUCCUAAAAAAUAUACUUUAAAAAUAAACCUUAUCAAAGGGUUCAUAACUCACAAAUAUUUUCCUAGAAACUAUAUAAAUAAACAGUACAAGUCAUGGUAAUUUUAACUCUGCAAGGGGUAAUUAAUCUAACUGGGAAAAUUGUAUUCAGAUGGAGACAACGAAGGUUGCAAAUUUAUUAACCUUUAUUAUUUUUUCACUAAGUAAAACGAUGUUAAUUACAAAAGAUUUGGAUCAAUACAUCUAUUUCCUAGAAAUUCCAUUUCCAUUCAUUCACAUUGGAAGUUCAGAAAUGUCUAGUUACCCUCAUUUAAUAGUAUAAUAAUUAGACUUCAUUCAUGCUCAAAUAAGAGAUAUCAAAACUUUUAAAACUUGUAUUGUCAUUUGAAUCACCAGUUAAUAAUAAUGAUUUAAAAAAAAAAAAAAAAAAAAAAAAAAGAAACCUUUCCAUCAAGUAUGAUUUAAAGUACUGCUGGAAAGCUGACUCUGUUGUAGCCCAGUUUGCCAUAUGGCUUUUAAGAAAAUACCAUAAUUUUCAAUGUAUUUAUGUUUAUCAUGAUCUUUUAUGAAUAUGUACAAUGGAUCAUCAAUGCAUUGAUCAUUUCAACAUAAGUGCUUCCAUCUAGCCUCUUAAGUGAUGUCUUUUUUAGUACAAUUGUCACAUUGACCACUCCCCUCUGUCUUAUGCACAGUGGCCUGACAGUCUCCAGACAGAGUACACAGUAUUACAUAAAAAAGACAAACUGUAGUGAAGUUUGACAAGAACAAUCAAAUUGAGUUAUUACAUGGUAAAGGGGUCAGUCUCUUUGCUAACAGUCAUACAUAUCAUCAAGGAAACACUUUCCAGUCUUUUCUAAACUGUUCUGGUAGAUAUUUUGGUAGUUGUAGCUUAUUGGAGUUGGAUACAUGACUGUAUUUAUGUUGCAAAACAGCUGUACAAAAAUGAGCCCAAAAAAAUGUUAGUCGUCUUUAUGUAUAAAAAUGCAAGCAUAUAGUUAGAUUAAAUAUCCAUGUGAACAUUACUAAUUCUUUUCUUACACCGAUUCUAGAAAUGCAAGGGAUGAUAAACUCUCAUCCAGUACAUAUUUCUUCUGGAUGACGCAGACACACCUCAACAUGUUGUAUAAAGUGGAAACUGUUAUAGCUCCAAAGGGGAAUCAACUAUUUUCUCCAAUUUUCACCCCCAGGUGUCCCCAAAACCUCUGACCACCAACACUUAACAACAUUAUUGUUGGUGUUUUUUUUUGUUUUUUUACCCUUCACAUUCAAACUGAUAAUACAAAUAGUUUAAACAAGAAAACUAGAUGUUACUACUUAUUUACCCACUAUAACUGUCUGGUUUUACGACUAAGUGCUAAUACCUAAAGUCAAUGCAGAAAUCAUGUAUAAAAUUAGACUGGCCGGUGUGUAUGCAAUGAGAGCACUGUAAUUUAAAAAAAUAAAUCUAACAUUAAACAUACCUUAAAAUAACCCGUCAGUUAUGCAAAUAAUGUGGCUUUAGUCAUUUCCCACACAGUUUUGUCAAAAUAAGUUCAACAUGAAUGCUCAAAAGUGGCCUAUAUUACUACACUCAAUCAUAUGGCAUAUACAGGGUGAUUUAAAAAACAGAAAACCAUCAAUUAUCCUUUAAAAAAUGAGUAUCUACAUAUCCAGGGAUUAAACAUUAUUUUUUCACAAAUUCUUACAUAAAAUUUGAGAUCAUUUGAACAAGAUGUCCUCAGUCUACAAAAUUAUGUACCAAAAAAAAAAGUGUAUUAUAUAGCCUAUUAGGCAACAUUGCCACAGUACUAUGGUCUUUGUGAAAAGUAGGGAUGGGAAUAAUAAUCUGUUGCUUGUUCGUUACAAAUUGAGUUGGUUGUGUGGAAUUGAUUGUUCAAUGAUCAUGUCUUGAAGCAGUAAAUGCAAAAUUGGAGGAAUACUAGAAGCAGCCGAAGCGCUGUUGAUUGAGUUGAGCUACUGUACAUCCAAGCUAUGGCAACUUCUCUGGGAAGCAUUAUUGAUCUUAAUACGACAGAGGCAUGAAAACAGGAAUUCAGAACAUUCAGAGAAAUUCUCACACCCCAUCAAAAUACUGCAUUUAUUUCAAAAUAAAAUCACUAUCGAUUAAUUGUUAAUUUACCACAUCAAUGAUUAAGGAAAUUGUGUCAAAUUUCCAUCACGACGGAAAACAUUUUAAAUGUUGUGCAAACUCUGUCAUAUGGACUUACUGUAUCGAGCUAAACCUCAUUUUAACUCUGAGAACAAUGUCUUACUUCAUAUCUGUUUAAAAAGCAGUGGCACUCCUGAUUUUCAUGAACAUUCCCUUUGGAACUUGCGAGCGAACUCGGCCUGACAUCCGCAUCGCAGUUCUCAGUUCUUUAAAGCCAGCUUCUCGCAUUAUUACAUGUGACACUAUCAGUAGUGAGUGCAGGGCCCCUGCCUAUUUUCAGCGUCUUUGAGAGCCAGCUCUCCGCUUGUCUCUCUGAUAUGCAUCACCAGCUGCAGCAGAAUCCAGCUACGCCUGCCACAGCUCCAUUACAACAUCAGAAAGACAGAAAAAAAUUUCAUUGUAUCCUAAACAAUAAAAAGGGGACAUGCACACCAGCGUAAACUAGAUUUAGAGGAAAGAGGACAAGAUGUUUGUUGGUAAUAGCUCAAUCGCAAGGCACUUAAAUAAAGAGGUAGGCUGAAUUGAAAAAUAAUAAUAUUGCCAAGUAUUAAAUUCAACAUUGAACGAGUUGACAAGAGUUUUGUUAUUCCAAGGUUUUAAUAGUGUGUUAUUGGCAUUUAUAUAAAAUUUAGUGUCAUUGUGAAAGCCUUGAAGAAAUGAGUGUAGUGCUUGUGUCCUUUAGUGCUCCUCUGCUGAAUUAUUAAUACUGUGUGUUGCUAUAUUUACCAAGCCAGGAAGUAAUAUGUCAUCGCAACUGAGCCAUUUCUGUAUCGCUUUCAGCAAUUAGGAAACGUUUUGAUGUCACACCAGCUUUGUCAUUCCUGCAUUAAAUUUGUUUCCCUUUGCCAAUGAAUAUGUCAAAAGUGAUUUUUCCCAGAAUUUUCAGGCAUCCAUUCACUGUGACACUGUGGAACCUCAAAAUUGGUACAGUUCAAAAUGUGUUUAAAUUGGUGAAAAACAACACACCUUUAAAGUUGCACAAACAUCACAUUGAGAUGUUAGCAUAUCGACAAUAGUUCAGUUCAGCAAGCAUCAAAAUGAGGCGUUUUCUUUGGCUUUUAUUGACCCGUUAUUAAAUGUUAUCA